GCCGUGAUUAGAAGACAAAUAAUUGUGAGAUUACAAAUAAAAAAAUUAAAACAAUCCCAAAAACAACCUAAACAACCAACCAAGACAAAAAGGUAUUCUCCACUUGACUUGUGUCCAGUGUCCACGCAUGGAAGGUAUUCUCCACCUUUUCUUUACAAGAGAUCUCAUCUUUUGAAGCUUCUCUCCGUUUGUUUGUUAUCUUCAUUUAUAGUUUAAUUUUUUCUUCGCUUGACUUGACUACAUUUCUAAUUUUACUGCUAACCCCACAAUGCAUCACGCUUCUGUUAUGAUGAGAUCCGAUGGUAGAGUAGUCAUGGCUAAUCCCUCAAGUAAGCCACUUUUGAAGACUCCAAGGUUCCGGUGCCAUUAACAUAGGCUUCUGAUUUAGUAAGUGGAAGUGGGUUUCUGCCAAAAGAUGGAGAUGAACCAUGCUCUGGUGGUAUUGUUUCUGGGUCUACUUGUGGGCGACUAUUGUUCCUCUGGUGCCGAUUUAGAGGGGAAAUCAGCUGUAAACACUGGGUUUGAUCCAAAGAGUCCACUGAGUUCAAACAAGAAGAAUAGUUCAGAUGAGAAAAUGGGCAGACCAAAGCCCGUUUUGGAUUCAAUGGUUAAAGAAGACAAAGUGAAAGAGGAUGAAAAUCCAGCUGGUAAAUUGAAGGAUGGGGUCGAGAGUUCCUUGGGUAAGAGCAAUUCGAGCAAGCAAUUUGGGGUGAAAGAAACUAAUGAUGUGCAAACAGACAAGUCUGCUGUAUCAAGUGAGGAAUCUAAGGAUAAACACGGCGGGGGGUUAAAAUCUAAAGAGACAUCCAUCAAAUCAGCACCAUUGAGGAAGGAGAGUGCUGAGGGGGAAGAAUGUGAUUCAUCUAAUAAGUGCACGGAUGAGAAGAAAAGAUUGGUUGCGUGUUUAAGGGUUCCUGGGAAUGAAUCUCCAGAUCUUUCACUUUUGAUUCAGAACAAAGGGAAAGGCCCUCUCUCUGUUGCAAUUUCUGCUCCUGAUUUUGUUCACCUAGAGAAAACAAGCAUUCAACUCCAAGAGAAGGAAGACAAAAAGGUGAAGGUUUCUAUUGGAAAUGGUGGAGCUGGCAGUGGCACGAUUAUUCUGAACGCGGGAGAUAGUAGUUGCGUUCUUGAUUUCAGAGAUCUGUUUGGUCACAAUACCAGGAAGGAAAGUGAGUAUAUCCCAAAGCUCACUUACACUAGCUUCCUUACACGAACCCCCUCAAUUGCGUUUGUCUUCCUUGCUGCUCUACUAUUAAUGGUGUCAACUUGGACAUGUGUUUGCUUCCGACGAAAGCAUUUUCCCACCAGUGGCUCAAAAUAUCAGAAGUUGGACAUGGUGGUUCUUCCUGUUUCAGGGGGGGUUGAAGCUCAGUCUGAAGUUAAUGAUGGAUGGGAUAACAGUUGGGGUGACAGUUGGGAUGAUGAGGAGGCACCGAAGACACCCUCAAUGCCCGUCACUCCAAGCCUCUCAUCCUCGGGGCUUGCCUCCCGACGGUUGAGCAAGGAAGGGUGGAAAGAUUAGUUCCCUUUUUUCAUUUUUCUGGAUCAUGUUGUCCAAAAAUUGAAGAUGGUUGCCUCACGGAUGACGCAUGAAGACAAGGGGAAAUUUGGAGGGGAAAUAUAGGUUUUGUAUUGAACCAAUUGUCUGUUUAGCUUCUGUGGUUCUUCUUUCCCUUCCCCUAGCUAUGAAAUUUUUAGAGAAAAAUGCAUCUUCUGUGUUUUGAUCCAAUUGCCUGUUUGGCUUCUGUGCUAUUGGGAUCCUUGUCCUAGCAUGAAAUUUGUACCUUAGGUUUGUGUGGAUUUUGAUAAAAUGGUGCUUCUUUCAAAUUCACAGAAAUUUAAAUUAAAGCCCGAUAUUCAUGUUCUCAAA